GCUACUGCGCCUCUCGCGAGCAUCAAUAUUCUCUGGAUUUGUCGAAGGUUUCAAUACGACUCUGAGCUCGCGCGUGCUGGGGUCGUCUCCUCUUUUGCUCGCUUGCAGACAACGGGAAAAAAUCAGUCGCGCCGCCGCGCCUCCGUACUCGUCGAAAGGUCCAUUGGCCGCGGAGCUCCCUGACUUUGGCGUUGUACUUCUCGGUAGCGGGCCUUGGGCCAAUCAUCCUCUAUACCGACCACACAGCUGGGCGCCUAUCACAUCAACGAGAUUAACCCCACCACCGUUUCUCGCAGUAGCACGCCUUCGUAAGAACGGAGCCGCUUCACUCCAGGAAUAAAAACGAGAUGGGAGCUCGCCGAUCCCAAGUGCCAUUUCGCCCUAUAAAGGACGUAUGGAACAAUGCUCAGUCCUCACCAACGAGCUCAGAGUCCCCCGCAUCCCUACCGAGCCCUGCAACACCACCGCCAGAGAAGAAAUACGCUAUGUCUCACUGGAAGAACAGGCUUCACAACCGCGUUGCAGCCUACGGCUGGUCGACUCCUACCUACGACCACGUACAGACUAGCGUAGGAGGGGCUACCCGUUGGAUAGCCAUUGUACGGAUUGAUGGUGCCGAAUGGUCUCGUGCGGAGGGAAGCACGAUGGCUUCUGCAGAUAAUGACGCUGCAUGCCUCGCCUGGCAGAAACUCACCGCGGAAGGCUACCCCGAGCGUUUCUAGACGCGUAACCGAACCCACACUUCCUUGUACAAUAACCAACAUCGCGACCUGAUCCGACACGCCUCUG